CUUGCCUGUUGUUUCAAUCAAAGUUUAUCGCUGGCCGCGCACGGUUGUUCCGCUAGUCAACGCGCAGAGCGAUUGGGCGUCUGCACCGCACGCACACGAUAACAGCCACCGCCACUUUCCCGCCCCCACCUUAGCAGAAGAUCGCGGCAAAUCGGCAAUAUCCGAAAAAUCGGAUAACCGUUUUUAUUUUGUUUUUCGGUUUUUGUUCGGUUUUUAGUUGUUUUAUUUUGUACUCUUAUUUUGGCUUGUUUUUCCCCCAAAAAUAUAUGUAUGUACAUCUACAAAAAAAAAAGUUGUUUAUCAAAAGAAGAGCAGGGAAUCGUAUUAGAACUUGCUUUAUCAGCAAACUUGCUUUAUAAAAGAAAAUAAAACUAAAAAGAGACUAAACGCCAAAAAAAGCAAAGCUCCCAAGUAAAUGAAGAAGAGAGUCAUACGUAGUUCCAGUGUUACCACCAACAACAGAGUCAACUGAGCGAACUGCCGACCUGAGGAGCUUCACUAUUGUAUCGCCCCAAGAAAACCGCCAAGAGGAAUCCGAGGCAUCAGAUACAAAGAUUGUCAAAUGAAAACCAAAAACCAAAAGAACAUCAAUAGCUGCAACUGCAAUUGCUUCAGUCACUCGAAUCAGGGGAUCGCUAUCAUUGAUGAGAAGAACAUAUUGAGGAGGACCAGCUAUACCUACAAGUGUCUCAAUCAUAAUCCGCGUCCGCGACCUCUGAUAUUUUCCUGA